CAGUACGAGGCUAAGGAUAACGCUUACAAAUGGCGGCAACAAUAUUUUUUUGGACUUUAACCCGGCUGGCGGAACUAGUCGAUCGGAUUUCGUAAAUUAAAUGUACUGUUUCCAACGAGCCACGGGAAGUAAGAAUAUUUUAUUUGGAGCCCUGCUGUACACACGAUCGCUAUCCUUUUUUAAAGGGCUCCACCAAAUCAUGGAUUUUAUUCCUCCAAACAAAGGCCAGUAUGAAGUCGGCUGUACAGAUUUAAUGACAACGAGUUCUUUCAAUUUAAACACUGAAGAUGUAGCACAGAAUUUGCAAUUCGGCAGCGAAAAUGCGAAAGAAAUACCAGGCUACUUUAUGCGGUUUUUUUACCCAACUACUAAGGAGUCUGCAAAUACACAUGAACGAGCAAAGUGGAUACCAAAGGGCCUUUAUGCAGAUGGCUUUUUGGACUUUGUGCAUUUGCCAACUUUUAUACUUGGCAGGAUUGCUCGUUGGCUUAUGGGAGAUGCCAAGAUGCAUGCUUUAGAAGAUGCUCCUUUGCUGAACAUAACAGAUGAUAGUCACAACCAAAAAAGUCACAAGUUUCCAGUUGUUAUUUUCAGCCAUGGUUUGGGAGCAAACAGAACUUGUUAUUCCUCAUUUUGUUCAGACCUCGCUUCCAAAGGUUUUUUUGUUGCUGCAGUGGAACAUAGAGACCACUCUGCAUCUGCAACCUACUAUAUAGAUGACAAUAAAGAAGAGAAGACUGUUCGAUUUAGGAAACUAAUAAAGGGAGAAGAUGAGUUCAAACUGAGAAAUGGCCAGGUAACCCAGCGUGCAUUCGAGAUGUCUGCUGCACUGUCUAUAUUAACCAUGCUGAACAGUAAUACAGGACAAAAUUCUGAGAACUUAAACGUGCUAAAUUCAGGGUUUGAUUUAAGUUCUUUGCAGGGUUCACUAGAUUUCGAGAAGGUUGCUAUAGCUGGACAUUCGUUUGGAGGAUGUACCUCUUUGAAAACAUUGGCACAAGACAAGCGUUUUCACUGCGCUGUUAUUCUUGAUGCAUGGAUGUUUCCUUUGGAUAAAAAUGUUUAUGGAAAAGUAGAGCAGCCUGUCUUAUUUAUAAACUCGGAGACAUUCCACUGGAAAGGAAAUAUAAAGAAAAUAAGUCAAAUUAUUGGAAACGACGAACAAAAGCAGAUGCUGACAAUCAAGGGAACUGGACACCACAGCCAAUGCGACAUUCCUUCGAUCAUACCAAAAUGGAUACUGACUGUGUUUCGAAUGAGUGCAACGAUGAGCCAAGACCACGCUAUAGAUCUACAAAGGAGUCUAAUGACGUCAUUCUUCUUUAAACAUCUAAAUCUUGAAAAAACCAAAGAGCUUGAAUGCGAAGGAACAGUUGCGGAGGCGGUCAUUGAGGGAACAAAUUUAGAAAUCACUGAUGAAGAGAGAGAGAGUUGGUACUAUAAAAGUUAAUAAGAAAUAAUCGUUUUCUUAGUUUAAAUGCAGGCUAGAGUUGGUUUUGAUACUUAAAUUUGUCUAAGCGAUCAACUUUGAACAGUAAAAAAUGGUAGAUCUUUUAUAGAAUAUUAUGAAGAGUUAGGUUUGUAAACAACACGAAAAGCUACUGAUAAUUUUUGAGAAGCUAUCAUUUCAUUUCAUUUAAAACUAAGGAGGGUAGCCCUUGGUAAGAGAAAGCGGAAUCUUGGUAAAAGAUAUCGAGCAAUAUUGUUUUCUCGGGUGUAGGUUUUGUUUGAAAUCAAUUUGAAAUUCAAAGACAAUUGUCAAUUUAGCUUAUUGCUUUCAUUUUUCCUUUGACUCCAUAUAAAGUUUUAGCUAAUUUUGUUUUGAAAUUUUAGACACAGCCAUCCCCCAUCCCUCCCCCCUCCUCCCUUCCUCGUUAUAAAAAGUUUCCCUGGCCAUGCUUUUUCUGUUUUUCAAGCUAAGGAAUUAAUGAGUUGACUUUGGUGUUGCGAUUGUCCCACUUAGUAACAGAGAAAUACUGCAGUCCAAUCUUCCCUGUAGUUAAGUAAGGGUUGCGUAGCGUAAAGAGUCUAUAUGAAUUUUAUAGCAGUAUUUGCUUGGCAUGCCUAGAAAGAGAAAUCCUCGUCAUUGUCGAUUAAUUUAGAUAAUUUUUGUGUAAAUGUUCAUCGAAGAUUUUAGAGCACUA